AUGGCGGAGGUGCACAUUAUUGGACAGAUCAUCGGGGCCAGUGGUUUCCCACAGCACAGUCUGUUUUGCAAAUGGGGUGUACACACAGGUGGAGCCUGGAAACUGCUGUCUGGUGUGGUAGAAGGUCAAACUCAGGUGGACAAUCCUCAAAAUGAAGAAAUGGCAUUUUGGUCACACCCAAUUGAUAUCCAUUUUGCUACCAAAGGCUUGCAAGGUUGGCCUAAGCUCCAUCUCCAGGUUUGGCACCAAGACAGUUUUGGAAGGAAUGAGCUCUAUGGCUAUGGCUUCCUUCAUAUCCCUUCCACACCUGGCACUCACUCUCUGCUGACCCCCACUUGGCGACCCUUGGGCACUUGGCAGGAGCAGAUCUCCCAGAUGUUUGUGGGUGGGGGACCUCAUCUGAAAUCUCCAAGCCUCAUAUACGGAGGUGCCGACCGCUACCGUCUGCAGACUACAAGCAUGGGGCAGGUUCACCUGGAACUAACGGUCAUACACAGAAACUUUGAGCGGUAUGGUGUGGAAUGUUAG